CGCUUCACCCGAAAGAGCAUCCAGGGAUUUGCCUAUUUACAAUUUCUGUCGCCACGCUGACGGUUUAUUGGAUCAUCGUUUACGAGAUGAGGAAUCUCGAUGACGCCGAAUGCCACGAGCCCGUUUCUUCUUCGGAAUUAUGGACCGAGUUUCUGGACGCCUUCGCCGUCAUCAUCAUCUACGGCGUCCUACCGGCUUGUUUGCUGAUCGGCAUCUGGACCGCCGGCUUUACGUGGCAAGCGGGAUGGCGGGUUUUCGUCAGGCCCGGCUUUUGCAUGAUCUACGCAAUCUGCGGCUUUCUCUUCGUGCUCGUCGAGCACCUCUGCGAGUUCUUCGACCGUUACUUGGACAAGGAGCAACCGGACGAAUGGCUCUUGGUCCGAAUGUUCUGGCCGACGGUUCGCGCCACCUUCAGCACGUACGCCUUCUGCAACAUGUUUUGUGUGAUUCGCAUCUUUGACGGCAUCAACGGCCGUGUCCGUGCCCGCCGCCGU